AUGCAUGUCAUUCAACCUUCUGAUCACCAUCGGUUCUUUGGAGCCCAGCUUCAGGGAUGGAUCCUUCACCAUAUAAGACAGGAACACACCAGCCUCGAGUUUGGUAUUAUCUGCUGGUCCCUUUGGAGGACCAGAAACGAUCGAGUCUUCGCGGGUAAGAUCGUGACCACUGAAACCUUCCUUCAGCGCGUGCGGGCAUGGAUAAAUGUCGUGCGGAAUGCUCAGGACAAAGACAGGCUAAUCCACUCGCCUCGUCUGCCCAUCAGAACGGAGGUGGAGAUCUCUUGGAAGCCACCACCUCCCGAGUGGGUAACUCUCAAUUCGGAUGGCUCCGUUACUACCGAAUCAGGACACGCGGCUGCUGGUGGCUUGAUUCGAGAUCACACAGGACGUUGUCUAGCAGCGUUUGCGAUGAACCUAGGGAUGUGCUCUAUCACCCGGGCAGAAUUGAGAGGCGUUAUGGAAGGUUUACAGUUGGCUUGGGACAUGGGGUUUAGAAGUGUCCGAGUUGAGUUGGAUUCUCGCUGCGCAGUCCAGCUUCUUCAGAGCCUGGAUGCGCCUGAUCAUCAGCAUGCAGCCAUUAUUCAGAGAUUCCAAGAGCUGCUCACUCAUCAGUGGGAAGUUCACAUCACCCACAUAUACCGCGAGGCGAAUAAGUGUGCAGAUUUCCUUGCUAGUCGUGGACAUAAUUUGUCGUUUGGUAUGCACUCUAUUUCUUGUUCCGAUCCUAUUCUGUACCUUUACAUUUUGUAUGACUGUCAGGGGAUUUCAGAGCCCGACUGGUUGUGA